UGGCAGUGAGAGCUCAGUUGCCCUCCCGCAGGUGUGGAGGCUGAGGUGCAUGGGUCUGUGCCCUCCCUGGUGGAGGUAAUGCGAGGGAAGUCAGCCACCCUGAACUGCACCGCGUUGGGGAUGCACGACCAUUUUGCGCUGGAAUGGUUCCUGGCCGACCGCUCCGGGGCCCGCCACCGCCUGGCCUCGGCCGAGCUGCAGGGCUCUGAGCUCCAGGUCAGGAUGCACGACUCCCGGGGCCGCAGCCCCCCAUACCAGCUGGACUCCCAGGGGCGCCUGGUGCUGGCCGACGCCCAGGUGGGCGACGAGCGGGACUAUGUGUGCGUGGUGCAGGCGGGGGCAGCGGACACCGCCGAGGCCACCACCCAGCUCCGAGUGUUCGCAAAACCAGAGGCCACCGAGGUUUCCCCCAACAAAGGGAUUCUAUCUGUGAUGGAUGACUCUGCCCAGGAGAUCGCCACCUGCAACAGCCCCAACGGGAACCCGGCCCCCCAGAUCACGUGGUAUCGGAACGGGCAGCUCCUGGAGGUGCCCCUGGAGGUGAACUCAGAGGGCUACAUGACCACCCGUACCGUGCGGGAGGCCUCGGGCCUGCUGUCCCUCACCAGCACCCUCUACCUGCGGCUCCGCAAGGCCGACCGGGACGCCAGCUUCCACUGCUCCGUGAGCCACCGCCUGCCCGCCGGCCGGCAGGGCCGCCUGGACAGCCCUGUCUUCCGCCUCACCCUGCACUAUCCCACGGAGCACGUGCAGUUCUGGGUGGGCAGUCCAGCCACCACGGAGGGCUGGGUCCGCGAGGGUGACUCUGUCCAGCUGUUCUGCCGGGGGGACGGCAGCCCCAGCCCGGAGUACACCUUCUUCCGCCUCCAGGCCGAGCAGGAGGACGUGCUGAAAACAGAUCUCCAGGGCAACUUGACCCUGGAGGGGGUGCAGCGGGCCCAGAGUGGGACCUACGGCUGCAGGGUGGAAGACUACGACGCCGCCGAGGACGCCGAGCUCUCGCAAACGCUGGAGCUGCGCGUGGCCUAUCUGGACCCCCUCGAGCUCAGCACUGGCGAGGAGCUUCUCGUAUUCCUGAAUAGCAGCGCCGCCGUGAACUGCUCCGUCCAAGGCCUGCCCACCCCUGCCCUACGCUGGACCAAGGACUCCAUUCCGCUGGGGGAUGGCCCCACGCUCUCACUCAGCAAAAUCACCUUUGAUUCUGCUGGCACCUACUUGUGUGAGGCCUCCAUGCCCAGGGUCCCCCUCCUCAGCCGCACCCGGAGCUUCAAGCUGCUCGUCCAAGGGCGACCAGAGGUGAGGCCAGAGGAGACUCAGCCCCAGGGAGAGGGCAGCUGGAGGGAAGGAGACGAAGUCAGGCUGAUCUGCUUUGCCCGCGGCUACCCAGAGCCCAAACUCAGCUGGAGCCAGUUGGGCGGCAGUCCAGCAGAGCCGGCCCCCGGAGGGCAGGGCUGGGUGAGCAGCUCCCUGACCCUGAAGGUGACCAGUGCCCUGAGCCGAGACGGCGUCUCCUGUGAGGCCUCCAACGCCCACGGGAACGCUCGGCACGUCUUCCAUUUUGGUGCUGUGGCCCCCCAGACCGCCCAGGCCGGAGUGGCCGUCAUGGCCGUGGCCGUCAGCGUGGGCCUCCUGCUUCUCGUCGUUGCUGCCUUCUACUGCAUGAGACGCAAGGGCCGCUCCGGCUGCUGCCAGCGGGGGGAGAAGGGGGCUCCGUGAGUGGCCUGCGACCUCGGACUUGACCUCUGUAACCAAGCCCAUCCCUGUGUCCGACUCUGACCAACCUCAACCCCAAACCCAGCCUGUGACCAACCUCAGCUGCACCUUAUUGUCAACCCCAAGCCCAACCACUUCCCCAACCCAAC